AUGAGUCUGUACAGCGCGACGCAGGAAGCAAUUUGGCUUCGAGGUUUGCUCAAGGACCUGAAAUACUGUGCCAAGAACGCGACGUCAAUUUUUCAAGACAAUCAAGGUUGCAUCGCGCUGGCCAAGAGCCCUAUGUACCACUCGCGCACAAAGCACAUCGACAUCGAGUUUCAUUUUUUGCGUGAAAAGGUUGCAAGUGCAGUGAUUGCGCUAGAGUUCAAGCCGACAGAAGAAAUGGUCGCGGGUGGAUUCACCAAGGCACUUCCAAGAGACAAGCACAGCAAGUUCAUCACGGGUCUGUGCAUGGCGGUGUAG